AACCAGAAACUCGGUUUGACAAGAAAUGUUUUUACUCCCCAAAUCAGACCACCGAUCUUCCAGUCUUCCUCACAUAUAUAUGAAUGAAGACGAGAAAACGAUGGAACGGAAUAACUACGAGAAAGCGAUCAUAAAUUCAAAAGUGUUAAACGUGGAGUGUGUGCGCAGUAGACUGACAUGACUGGCCGGUGAUUUCGUCAUCUUCUCCACUUUUCUCAUUCUUGUGUGUGUAUAUAUAUGUUGGACCCCCAAAGCAUAUUCUUUCAUAUCCACCAAACUCUGUUUUUCCCAAUUUGUCUCCGUUGAUUAAGAAAACCCACUUCAGUUUCAUCCGGAAUAAACUGGAAUUAAGAUGGCACUUGUAAAAGAAAUCACGGGGUGUUCUAUAGUGGAGAAGUCGUCAUUUCUUGGUCACCAAAAUCGGGUUCAAUUUUCUGUAAACCCUGUUAGGUUUCCGCUUGAUAAAACGAGGUCGAGGUCAAGUAGGUUGAAGAAAGGUGUUAGAACAACGAGUCCGGCGGUGGUGGCAGCAAUCAGUGAAGAUUUGGUCAAAAUUGUGAGAAUUGAAAAACCGGUCACGUUUAAGGUGAGAGCUGUGUUGACUGUUAGGAACAAGAACAAGGAGGAUUUUAACGAGACAGUUUUGAGGAAAAUAGAUGCUUUUACCGAUCAGAUCGGGAGAAACGUUGUUUUGGAGCUUUACAGCAACGAUAUUGAUCCAAAAACAAGAGCUCCAAAGAAAAGCAAAGAAGCUGCGAUUAAAGAUUGGUCAAAGAAAUCGAAUCUAAAAACUGAAAGAGUUAAUUACACCGCUGAUAUCUCGGUGGAUUCAGAAUUCGGAAUCCCUGGAGCAAUCACCAUUACCAAUAAGCAUCAAAGCGAGUUCUUCUUAGAGACGAUCACCAUUGAAGGAUUUGCAUGUGGUCCUGUUCAUUUCCCCUGUAAUUCAUGGGUUCAAUCCACCAAAGAUCAUCCAAAACCCAGAAUUUUCUUCUCUAAUCAGCCAUAUCUGCCUAAUGAAACUCCAUUAGGAUUAAAGUCUUUAAGAGACAAAGAGCUUAAAGAUUUACGAGGUGAUGGAGAUGGAAUCAGAAAGUUGUCAGAUCGAAUCUAUGAUUACGAUGUUUAUAAUGAUUUGGGAAAUCCCGAUAGAGGAAAUGACUAUAUUAGGCCUUCACUUGGAGGUGAUAAAAUCCCUUAUCCAAGAAGAUGCCGAACUGGACGUGUACCUAGUGAUACUGAUAUUAAAGCUGAAAGUCGUGUGGAGAAGCCAUUACCGAUGUAUGUUCCAAGAGAUGAACAAUUUGAGGAGUCAAAAGCAAAUGCAUUUUCAACAGGGAGAUUAAAAGCUGUGUUACAUAAUUUAUUGCCAUCAAUAGUGGCAAGUAUUUCUAAAAAACACGACUUUAAAGGGUUUUCACAGAUCGAUAGUCUUUAUAGUGAAGGAGUUCUUUUAAAAUUAGGGCUUCAAGAUGAUCUCUUGAAGAAGCUUCCAUUGCCUAAUUUGGUCACUAGGUUACAAGAAUCUAGCCAAGGUGGUGGCCUUUUAAAAUAUGAUACCCCAAAAAUUCUUUCAAAGGAUAGAUUUGCUUGGUUGCGUGACGAUGAAUUCGCCAGACAAACACUUGCGGGGGUGAACCCGGUCAGUAUAGAAAAGCUCCAGACUUUUCCGCCUGUCAGCAGGCUUGACCCUGAUAAAUAUGGCCCACAACAGUCUGUUCUUCGGGAAGAACAUAUUGCGGGCCAUCUUGAUGGAAUGACAGUACAACAGGCAAUUGAAGAAAAUAAGCUCUUCAUAAUCGAUUACCAUGACAUAUACCUACCAUUUCUCGAUCGAAUAAAUGCACUCGAUGGACGUAAAGCAUAUGCAACACGAACAAUCUUCUACCUAAAUCCAUCAGGCACACUCAUGCCAAUUGCAAUCGAGCUCAGCCUUCCACAAGCAUUACCUGGUUCAGAGUCAAAGCAAGUAGUUACUCCGCCGGUUGACGCCACCGGAAACUGGAUGUGGCAGCUAGCCAAAGCUCAUGUAUGCUCAAAUGACGCCGGCGUCCACCAACUCGUGCACCACUGGUUACGAACACAUGCUGCUAUGGAACCUUUCAUAUUAGCUGCACACAGACAACUGAGCGCCAUGCAUCCUGUCUACAAGCUUCUAGAUCCUCACAUGAGAUACACGCUUGAAAUCAAUGCUUUAGCUCGCCAGAAUUUGAUCAACGCUGAUGGCGUCAUUGAAUCCUGCUUCACUCCCGGACGUUAUUGUAUGGAGAUCAGUGCCGCUGCUUAUAAGAAUUGGCGUUUCGAUUUAGAAGGUCUUCCGGAAGAUCUCAUUAGAAGAGGUAUGGCUGUUCGUGAUUCAAGUAAGCCACAUGGUUUGAAGCUUUUGAUCGAGGAUUAUCCGUAUGCUUCCGAUGGGCUUUUGAUUUGGGAAGCGAUUGAAAACUGGGUUAGAACUUACGUUAACAGAUAUUACCCGGAUUCCGCUCAGAUCUGCAACGACAGGGAGCUACAAGCGUGGUACGCAGAGUCAAUCAACGUAGGUCACGCCGAUCUCCGCCACGAGAACUGGUGGCCGACGUUAGCCACAACAGACGACCUUACAUCCAUUCUGACAACCAUCAUCUGGCUCGCGUCGGCACAACACGCGGCUCUCAACUUCGGUCAAUACCCAUACGGUGGCUACGUUCCAAACCGGCCGCCGCUAAUGCGGCGGUUGAUUCCCGAUGAAAACGACCCGGAAUACAAAAGCUUCCUUGACGACCCACAGAGGUACUUCCUAUCGGCGUUACCGAGUUUGCUACAGUCGACGAAGUACAUGGCGGUGGUGGACACGCUAUCUACUCACUCGCCGGAUGAGGAGUACAUCGGAGAAAGACAACAGAGGUCGACGUGGUCCGGCGACGCCGAGAUCGUGGAAGCGUUUUAUGGGUUUACGGCAGAGAUUCAGCGGAUUGAAAAGGAGAUUGAGAGAAGGAACAAUGACACGUGUCUAAAGAAUAGAUGUGGUGCUGGGGUUUUGCCAUAUGAACUGCUUGUACCCAGUUCAGAGCCUGGGGUAACAUGCAGAGGUGUUCCAAAUAGUGUGUCGAUAUAAAUUUUUAAUUUUUAGGCUCGUAUUUUUUGAAAGUAGUAUAGUAAGUAUUAUUUUUGUUUAUUAAAAAUGUAAUAUUGUAAUGUAUAUCAAUGUUCUUAGAUGCACGUUCUAGGUGUGCAUGUAACAUGUAAAAUUGUGGUUAAAUUCUUAAAUAAAUGGUCAAUGGUUUAAUUAAAUUAUACAAA